AUGUUUCCGGCGGGAUCCGAGGCACGCGCUGGCGGAAGCGAGCGAGCUAUCACGAAGCAGGAGGCCUACCUCAAAGAUCUCGAGGCUCAGAUCAAGGAGAAGCAAGAGCGGAUGCUGCAGGAGAAGCUGGAAGAAGCCAGGCUUGAUAGGAAGUGCAUUGAGGAGUACCAGGACCCUUGGGGCAGGGACUUGGCGACGACGUUUGCAGGAGGCAAGCGCCCUCGUUUUCUGGGGGACCUGGUGCAACCGAUACUGACGUCCAGCGACAUCAUGCCCUCCAAGGCACGCUCCGAGUCCAACCUUUUCGGCGACCCGAGGAGGCAGCGUGAAGUGGCCAUGCUGGUGCCCAACCUGCACCUUCUGCUCGCCCGCAGGGGAGAAGGAGUGCUCUUCAAACCAAGCAGGAAGCUCGUCCGCAACGUCCUGCCCCCUAGCCUGUACCGAAAAGAACUCCAAAAGCAGCAGAUCGAGGAGAAGCAGCAUCGACUGGACGAGCAACGCCGGCGUGACCAGGAGGAAGAGGAGAAGCUCGAUAGGAGAGUCCAGCAGCAGCAGGCCAAGAUGUACCAGGAGUACCAGGAGGAGAGGAAGAGGCACAGGGCCAAGGACCAGGUGACCCGACGCCCAGAGCAGACCACGAAGGGCCAACAGGAAAAGGAGAGAAUGAUGAUCGAGACGAAGAGGUCGGUUCCUCAUGUCAAGCCCCAGAAGUCGGUGACCCGUCCUCCGGAAGACAGUCGAAAGAUCAGGAGUGACGCCGCCCCCGACUUCCGGCCUCCCCGGCGGAGAAGCGAGUCACGUGACAGACUGGCCAACAACGUUGAGAUCCUGCGGCGGCAGCUGGCAACGGAACAGCAGAUCAACAGGAUACAACAGAUGCGGAAGAACUACGUUGUCACCGAGACUGGCCGCUGCGAGGACUCGGACUGCUGAGUGAACCCCACUGAUUUUAAGCAUUCUGCUGCUGAGGCGAUGGCUGAUCCCGCAGACACUCCGUGCCGUUGUUUCAAGUUGCCAUAAAUAAAUAAGCU